AACAAUUCAUUUCACAACGUGGGUUUUGAAUUCUUAGUGCAGCCAUGGUAGCAUUCCGGCUUCUUUUGUGCUCUCUCUUCCUCUUCACUUGGAUUAACGCAAUCUCAUCUGCGACUAACCCAGAAGACGCUGCUGUACUUCAAUCAUUAAAAGAUCAAUGGGGAAACACACCCCCGAGUUGGAAUAAUUCCAAUGAUCCAUGUGGAGCUUGGGACGGAAUUACCUGCGACAAGAACGCAAGCGUCAUUGAAUUAGAAUUACCCGGAAUGGGACUAACAGGAAUAUUGAUUGGUGACAUCGCAGGGCUCACCGAACUAAAUACCUUGGACUUGUCAUUCAACCGUGGCCUCACUGGUCCACUUUCUCCUCGGCUAGGAGAUUUGCGAAAAUUGAGCGCAAUAAAUUUAGCAGGGUGUAGCUUUACUGGAAUUAUACCAAGUGAAUUGGGAAACCUCACCGAGCUUACUUAUCUAGCACUUAACUCCAAUAACUUUACCGGUGAGAUACCAUCUUCACUUGGUAAACUUUCCAACAUCUAUUGGCUCGACCUCGCAGAAAACCAUUUGACAGGAACUCUCCCUGUGUCCACAGGGAUAGAUCCAGGGCUUGACGGCCUUAAAAAGGCCAAACACUUCCAUUUCAACAAAAACCAGCUUUCAGGAGAAAUUCCAGCAAAACUUUUUGGCUCAGAUAUGUCGCUAAUAGACGUACUGUUCGACCAGAAUCUAUUGGAAGGGAGCAUUCCUUAUACAUUAGGACUGGUUCAGACACUUGAAGUUCUCCGACUUAAUCAAAACGCCAUGACUGGAAGUGUCCCAUCAAACCUCAACGACCUCACAAAUGUCCAUGAAUUGAAUUUGGCUCACAAUAUGUUGACUGGUAAAUUACCAAAUUUAACAGGAAUGAACUCCCUCAGCUAUGUGGACUUGAGCAACAACUCUUUUCAAAAAACAGAAGCUCCCGGGUGGAUCUCAACUUUAGACUCCCUAACUACACUGAUAAUAGAAUACGGAGCACUGCAGGGAUUGCUGCCCCCUCAACUUUUCAGCUUACCUCAGAUUCAGCAAGUGAAAUUGAGGAAUAAUGCCUUUAGUGGCCAAUUAGAUAUGAGCCGUAACAUUAGCCUGCAACUUCAACUGACUGAUUUGCAGGACAACGAUAUACAAUCAGUAACGCUUAGUUCUGAAAACAAUACUACAUUACUGUUAACAGGAAACCCUGCAUGUGAUGCUGCUCCGAAAAAUACAGUUUACUGUCAGCCUCGAUAAUUGGCAUUGGAUUGAUUCUGGAAAAUUGGCUAUUGCGUUGGUUGGUGUUGAUGGCCGAAUUUUGUUUGAAAUUGUAAUUCUUAAAUAUUUAUUGGAAAAAUUAAAAACAAUGUGACCAAACGAAAUAAAUUUUGUACUCAAUGGGGCAUUCCUUA